AUGUCUCGAACCUCAGAUAUUGUUAAUGAUUUAAGACAAAUCCAGACUGGUUAUGGUUUAAUGAGUUUAACUUGGAGACCAGAACCAAUUCCAAAGGACAUUGCGUUUGUUUCUAUGAAACGUGUUAUAGAUAUAGCAUUAGAAAGAAAUACCAAAGCAUUUUUCAAUGUAGGUGAAUUUUAUGGCCUAGAUAAGAUUAAUUUAAUAUUAGUAAAAGAAUUCUUUGAAAAGUAUCCAAACUUAAGACAACAUGUUAUCAUAUCCUGCAAAGGGGGCGUUGAUGACAAAACUUUAUCUCCAAAAGGUAAAUAUGCCAGUGUUAUUGAAAGUAUUGAGACUUCUCUAAAAUAUAUUGGUGGCUACAUUGAUAUCUUCGAAGUUGCUAGAUUAGAUACAUCUAUUUUAAAGGAAGGAGAAGUAUAUCCAUAUGAAUCUUUUAAAGCUUUAGCUGAUAAAAUUGAAGAAGGUAGAAUUGGUGCCAUUUCUCUGAGUGAGGUGAAUGAACUUCAAAUUCGAUCCAUUCAUAAUGAUUGGAAGAAAUAUUUGGCAUGUGUUGAGGUUGAGUUAUCCUUAUUUAGCACUAAUAUCUUAUAUGAUGGUGUUGCCAAAGCAUGUAGUGAUUUGGGUUUGGUUAUCAUUUGUUAUUCUCCAUUAGGAAGAGGGUUAUUAACUGGUCACAUUACACCAUCUUCUACUUUCAAACCAGGUGAUUUUAGAGCGGUUCUUAAAAGAUUCCAAACCGAUUCCUUGAUCAAAAAUCAGGUGUGCAUUGAUUUCUUGAAUAACAUUGUUAAAGAACGCCCAGAAGAUCAAAAAUGUUCUUUAGUUCAAUUGGCCCUUGGUUGGGUCAAGUAUUGGAAUAGUAGAGAAGAAUUUAAAGGCGCUAAAUUCAUUCCAAUUCCCUCUGGAUCUACUGUAGAUAAAGUUAAUGAGAAUUUCAAUGAAGAAAAGGGGAAGAUUACAGAAAAAGAAUUUGAAAAAAUAAAUGAAUUUUUGAAAACGUUUCAAGUUGCUGGCGAUAGGUAUGAAAUGGCAAUCAAUUAA